AGGCAGCCGGCCCGCUCUGCACAUGCUCAGAGGAGGCGGGCUCUGUCUGGCUGGGCGGUGGAGGAGGGAGGCUCGCUCGCGCUGGGUCCCCCCCCCCGCGGCGGGGUGGGGGCGGGCAGCAGAGGCCCCCGAGCCGUGGUGGGCUGGCGCCGGGCUGCUGCAGCUGCUGGUCGCCUCCAGGGGUGGGGCGAGGAGGUUCCCCCCCCCCGCCCCGGGCUGCAUUCAAUCAGCAGCCUGCCUGCGCCACCGGAGCUCCGGAGCAGCAGCAGCAGCAGCAGCAGCAGGGUCUGCGCCGGGGUCCUCCUGGGCUCACUCUGCAGCCCCUGCCAGCCAGGAGGAGAACCAGACCUGGGCCAGGCUGCUGCGGGAAAACAAGGAGACCAGGAUGACACCGCCUGAGUAGCAGCAGCAGCAGCAGCAGCGCUGGGAGGAAAGAGGUCACCUCCCAAGCAGGCAGCAUCUCCCCGCCACUUGCGCUGCCGGCCACUGCUCUCCUGCUUGUGGACAAGCAGGCCGUGCAGGCAGAUCCGGAAGAAGCCUCCCUUGCCCUGCUGGUGGACUCUGCUUCCCCCCAUCCUCCUCCUCCUCGCCAGCCCUGGCCUCCUUCCCCUCGGAGGCAAGCGGGCUUGGCCAGCUGCUGCUGCUCUGCAGUGGGACUCUCCCUCUUGCUGCAGCCUGAAGGCUGGCCGUGGGGCUACAGAGCUUGGCCGGAGAAGGGACGUGGCCUGGGCCAGCCGGAAGCCCGGCUCCAAGGAAGGUUCUGCUGAGAUUGCCGAGAGGACAGACAGGGGGGCGCCCGGCUCCUUUUUUGCUUGGCUCCAUGGCAAGAGGCCACAGGGACGUGUGAGCACCCCGCGGCCCCCCCCCCCGGCAUUUCUGCCCCCUGGCUGUUGAGCCCCUCUGUGCCUGGAACCUUGUCGGCCGGUUUGUGGUUGGCGUUGUUUAGAGGGGAGAGCCCCUUUUUGGCUCAGAGACCUGAAGGUUGCACACCCCAGAGCCUGCGGAGCCUCUGGAACUGGCUUCCACUGUUUUUCUUCUGCUGGGGAAAGGGUUGUGUGUGGUCUGCCUUCCUCGGCCCCGAAGCCGCUUCUGAUGGUGGCUCAGGAUGUGGGGCAGCUGUUGCCUUCCCCCGCAGCCCUGUGAGGCGGGGUGCACAGCCUGAGCCCCGCAGGGCUCCUGAGCCCAUGGGGAGGACACCUCUCUGGUGACCCCGCCUGCCUGCCUGCCUCUUCCAUGCCCGGUGGCCGGUGGCCGGCAGCAUGGCACGGCCUGCAACAGGGGCGCUGGUGCUGGCUAACGGGCUGGGCUUCCCUCCCAACAACGUGGCCCGCGUGGUGGUCUGGGAGUGGUUGAACGAGCACGGGCGCUGGCGGCCCUACACGGCGGCCGUCUGCCACCACAUCGAGAACGUCCUGAAGGAGGAUGCCCGCGGGAGCGUGGUGCUGGGCCAGGUGGACGCCCAGCUCGCGCCCUACGUCAUCGACCUCCAGUCCAUGCACCAGUUCCGCCAGGACACAGGGACGAUGCGUCCCGUGCGCAGGAACUUCUACGACCCAUCCUCGGCUCCGGGGAAGGGGAUUGUGUGGGAAUGGGAGAACGACAGCAACUCCUGGACGCCGUACGACAUGGACAUCUGCAUCACGAUCCAGAACGCCUACGAGAAGCAGCACCCCUGGCUGGACCUCUCCUCGCUGGGCUUCUGCUACUUGAUCUACUUCAACAGCAUGUCCCAGGUCAACCGGCAGACCCAGCGGAAGCGCCGGCUCCGUCGCCGCAUGGACCUGGCCUACCCGCUCACCAUGGGCUCCAUCCCCAAGUCCCAGUCCUGGCCUGUGGGCACCAACUCGGGGCACCCCUGCUCCUGCCAGCAGUGCCUGCUGGUCAACAGCACCCGGGCGGCCUCCAAUGCCAUCUUGGCCUCGCAGCGCAGGAAGGUCUACUCCGGCAGCGGCAACGGGGCGCUCCCGGUGCGCCAGAGCAGCACCUUCAACGGGACCGCCCUCUGGUCUCUGGGCACCGUGGCAGCCGGCGGGACGGCCAAGAUGGAGCAGGUCCGGGCGGCCAACGGCAUGCAAGCGGCCACCUUCUCCCGCAGCCAGAGCGCACCCAGCCACACCCAGCUCCCGGGCCAGAACAACCUGAACCGGCCGGGCACGCAGCGUGUGGCCAUCCUGAGCACCAGGGCGUCCAUCCCACCAGGGGUUCCUGCCCUCCCUGUCAAGAACCUGAAUGGAACUGGUCCAGUCCAUCCUGCCUUGGCAGGGAUGACCGGGAUCCUGAUGUGCGCUGCCGGGCUGCCCGUCUGCCUCACCCGCGCCCCGAAGCCCAUCCUGCACCCGCCGCCCGUCAACAAGAGCGACAUGAAGCCGGUGCCUGGCAUCAGCGGGAUUUGCCGGAAGACCAAGAAGAAGCACCUGAAGAAGAGCAAGAACCCCGAGGCCGUGGUGCGGCGUUACAUGCAGAAGGUCAAGAACCCCCCGGACGAGGACUGCACCAUCUGCAUGGAGAGGCUGGUGUCCUCGUCCGGCUACGAAGGCAUCCUCCGGCACAAGGGGGCCAAGCCGGAGCUGGUGGGGAAGCUGGGCAAGUGUGGCCACAUGUACCAUCUCCUCUGCCUGGUGGCCAUGUACAACAACGGCAACAAGGAUGGCAGUCUGCAGUGCCCCACCUGCAAGGCCAUCUAUGGGGAGAAGACUGGCACUCAGCCCCCUGGGAAGAUGGAAUUCCACCUCAUCCCGCACUCGCUGCCGGGCUAUGUGGACUGCAGAACCAUCCGCAUGGUGUACGACAUUCCUGCGGGGAUCCAGGGCCCAGAGCACCCCAAUCCGGGGAAGAAGUUCACCGCACGGGGCUUCCCGCGACACUGUUACCUUCCUGACAACGAGAAAGGCAGAAAGGUCCUGAAGCUCCUGAUCGUGGCCUGGGAACGCCGGCUGAUCUUCACCAUUGGGACGUCCAACACGACAGGGGAGUCCGACACGGUUGUCUGGAACGAGAUCCACCACAAGACCGAGUUUGGCUCCAACCUCACCGGCCACGGCUACCCCGACCCCAACUACCUGGACAAUGUCCUGGCUGAACUGCUGGCCCAGGGCGUCUCCGAAGCCCACCUGAAGGACUGAGGAGUCAUCGUUGCCCGCCCCACUUCUCCCCCCCCCCGCCCCACUCUGCCAUGCGCUGCGUGGAAGCGUGAACACUGCCUGCCUCCGUCCGUCCAUCCGUCCGUCCGUCCGUUUGUCUGUCGGUCUGCUCUCCAUCAGCAUCCGGGACUGAUCCCUUCACCAGCCACAUUGCUUCGCUGCCUCGCCGUCGGGUUCUCUUUGCACAGCGGCACCAGUUGUGGCCGGGGGAGGCCCCAGGGACGCGCCUCUCCUCCUCCCCCUCCUCCUCGCCAGGGCGCUUCCCAGAUUACCCGCUACAGCCGUGGUAAGAGGCUUCGGCUUGGGCAAAUGGCAUUGAAAAUGUAAAUAAAGGAGCGAGGCUGUUUGUUGCGCAGAGCCUCCAGCAGGGGGAGCAGUCUUUUCUCGCUUGCGCCGCCAAACCCUCCAGCGGGGGAAAUACAGCUGUUUUAUUAUUAUUAUGUUGCGCUGCACAUGCCACAUUAUAGGACUGUAACGCAGCAAAGAAACCCGAAAGAAGGGCAUCGGAAACAUGAGCAGCACCUUGCUGGCAGCGCAGGGACUGUGAUGCCAAGACACGGGCCGUUCGGAAGCACACUUAGCGGACCCGUCGUGACCCUGUUGUAGUGUCCAGUCUGGAAAGUGCCCAGGAGCGUCUCGACCUCCGCUCCGUUCCCUGCUGGAGGAACAGCCAGGAGACCCACAGGAUCCUGCGCAAGUGAGCACCCGGUGAAAUGCUCCGCUGUGGGGGUGGGGUUUCUGUCGAUUCCUGGCCAUUGGCAGUCGCCUUCUUGCCCCAGGUGUGUGUCUGUGUGCCGACAGACCCUCUGCAUCCCAUCCCUCCGGCGCUUGUCGCGGAAGAGAGAGAGAGAGACACGAGGCCAGUCCUGCCUCGGUGGCUCCCUGCUCCCCACCGCCUCGCCCCGGGUUCCUUCCACGCUCCUUGCUGGCAGCUCUUUUGUGCUUCCUGCCAUGCCUGCCCCUUUGCAGGGAGGGAUUCUCCUCUCGGGGCCAGGGAGGGGACGCUGCGGGGGAAGACAUCCAGCAGCAUCACGCCGCCCGGUGUGAUCUCCGCUCAGCAAAUCGCCUGACGCGUCUUUGGACCAGGAAGUGGGACUCGCCUGGCCUUCCCCCCUUACGCUUUGGGUGGGCUCUCCAGCUUGGCCAAUGCCUGUUUCAGAGCCAUGCGGGCAAGAGGGCUCUCUCUGCGCUGAUGUCCCGCGAGGCCUCAGCGGGAGGGAAGGAGCUCCCUCUGGUCCCCCAGCACCGCCAGGGCUCAGAGGAGAUCUCGGGCAAGGACCUCUCCCAUCGACCGGCCUGCUGAGCCCGUCUCCCUCCCUACACCCCCGUCGUCUUGCAAGACUUCCCAUCCUGGCUGCUCUGCGGCCUUCUCCGGGACAGUUGUGGCUCCUCCUGAGGAGGCCGGCCGGGUGGGGGGUGGGUUGCAGAGGGCAGGCGCCAAAGGCGGCACAGCUGCCUCUGCUUCCUGGCCCCUUGGGUUGCGCCUCUCUCUCCCUCUCCCGCCCCACCUGGGAGCCACACUGCCUGCAGGCCGGCCGUUCAUCAGGUAGACCUGUGCAGUUAACCAUACAGCUCUACCUGAGGGAUGGCCACCUUGCAGGCAGUGCAGAGGGGAGAGGAGCAGCCUGAGCUGCUGCCGGGAAGCAGAGGCCGCUGUGCCUCCUUUGCUGCCCCCCCGCCCCGCUCCUUCGGUGGAUCCGCUCCUGCUCCCUGGUGCAGCAGGAUUGUGUGGCCACCAAAGCAGCAGCACCCUCUGAAUCCCUUGAGCCACAUCGGUCCCUUCCCCACUUUCUCCCUCUUGGCAUGGGGGGGGGGGCCCACGGCUCGUUGCCAUGACAGCUGAGGGCUGAGGCGCCCCCUCCCGGCUGUCCCCGGAGUGGCUCCAGCCUCCCUGCAGCAGCCAUUUCCCGGGGGUCUGAUUCUACCCGCCCUGCACAAAAGGUGGACGCAUCUCUAGGGCCCUCCUUCCCCUCUUCAGCCUGGCAGUCGGGGGCAGAAUGGGGUGCGGGCUGCCCUCCCGCCGCCUCGGCUGCUCUGGCUCCACCGAGGCGCACCUCUCAGCUGGGCAGCCUCGGCCCCUCCCUGGGCUUUCCGAGCCAAGCCAAAGGACGGCCGUGCCCGGGGGCCACCCUGCAGAGGCGUGGCGGGAGAAACUGCCCCACAACCUCCCCCUAGAUCAUUGUCGUCGGUCCAGGACUCCUUCCCCACGUGGCAAAGGCCUGGAGGGCCCCCAGAGGGUGGUGGCCCCAGGCAGCUCCUCAGACUGCUUUGCACUGCCCGGACCCCCUCCCCAGCCUCCCGGAAAGGGUGUCUCCCCUCCCCUGCCAGCAAUCUGGCAGGAGGGGGAGCUGUGUCGUGGGUGGGGGCUGGCUUCAUGCACGGGGCCAAGCCCCCCUGCAGAGCAGAGCAGAGCAGACUGUUCCCCGCACAGGGCGUGCCUGUCUGGCCCCCUUGCCGAGAACGAAUUCCACAUUUCGAGAGGCGGCUGGGAAAUGCAGUCCAGAAAGAGGGCGGGUGGGCAAGCUUUUGAGUCCAUCAGAGCUCUUCGUCAGGCUGGAUGUUGAACACACACACCCGCACCUCCGCCCCCCCCCCACACACACCCCAAAGCGAGAAAAAGCUGGGCAGGAUGGAGAAGCCAAACACGGUCAGCAGAGGCCGAGAUGUCAGCUGAGGGGGCCACCGGAGAGAAUCCUCAGGAGGGAAGUUCUGUUCCCACAUGUUCCAAUAACUUUUUCAAGGAAUACCUACAUGCAAUAAGAUGUACACAUAAUAGAAUCACUGCACAUGGAUGCAUGUUAGAAAACAUAUAUUAACAUAGAUAAAAAGGACAAUACCAUUUGCUCCUUAAAAACACUCUGUGCUCCAGACAGAAAAUUUAAAGAUUCAAACCAUCAGAUGCAAAAAUUACGACUCCUAACACUCCAUCAUGCUCCGCUUCUCCUUUGCCCUCCAGAUAUAAGAUUUAAAGCUACAAUUAAAUACACAAAAGUUAUGAACCAUAACACUCAAUAACAUUGAGCCUAAAAUAUCAAAUGAUAAAACUAUAUAAAAAGAUGCAAUCUUUAUUUUCUUGUGCUGGUCCAGGUUUAGGUUGUGCAGUAAAAAUGUCCUUGUGGUCCGAUGUCUGUAGGGCUGACAACAUGUGCACUGAAGAUUAGGACUGGAGAACGCUACAGCGGUCUAAAACCAGAGAUCCUCUGGAGCUUUCCCAGACAGGCUCUGCCGACGGUUUUCUGUAAGGCUUUACUGCGAGUUUAAAGUUGCCUCCAAAAACUGACACAAAAAGGGGAAUUUUUUUCCACUCCGGAUAUAAAUCAGGCUACACUCUAAUGCACAAUGAAAAACCUGGAUUGUGGGUGAAGCGCUCCCUGAUCCCGUGUAGGCACUUUGGGGUAAAUUUGGCCCAUAUGUGUGAACGCCCACCUCCUUUCUGGAGGAGAUGCAAACUAAAAGCUGGGUGUGAAAAACUGCCUGGUCAAGCACUGAACUGCAAAGUGGGCACAGGGCAGAAGAUCGGAUGUUCGGGGCUAUUGAUCUGAUUGCCCCAUAGAGAGGAAAAGAAUAUUCCAAAAGAAGUUUCUUCAGCAGGGAGCAGCUUAGGUUUCAAGCCCUGAUGCUAGAAUUCUGGAGAGUCUCUUGUCCUCCGCGAGUAGUUUUCGCAAGAGCUGUGUGUGUGUGUGUGUGAGACAGAAUCGGCAGUGGAUCGCCCCAGCCGCUUUGACUCUGGGCCUUGGGGUGAGAGCAGCGCCCCUUGGCUUCAGAAUGCUGCGUGUGCCCCCAGAACAUCUCUUUGGAGGUUGAUAGACUCUGUCUUAUUUUUCAAAUAGAUGCUGGCUCUCUCGUUAUCGCACACAUCAUUACCGAUGGAUUUUGCUGGGUGUAAGUCUUCUGGUUUAUUGCACUGUUGCUUUAAGAAUGGGAGUGAAAUGAUUAAGUAGGGAAAGGCCCAGCUGGGUCAGAGGAGGGCUUUUCAUGCCUCUCCUUGGGAUUUUGGAGAGGAAAUCUCUCUCCCAGGCAGGCCAGUGAAGGUAAAGACGGAGGCAUUGCAUAGCAUUUUCUCAAUAGAUAUUUUAGGCUCAGCGUUACUGAGUAUUAAGAGUCCUGAUGUUUGUGUAUUUAAUUGUUUGGAUCUUUAAAUGUCCUAUCUGGAAUACACGGUGUUUUAAGGA